GUAGUGUACGGCCUUCAAAACAACCUGGCCACACUAACAGCAGUAUCCUGGCGCCCAACGGACUCAGCGCACACACAGUCUAUGGUGUGCAGAAGAACGUUACCAGUACUGGAGUGUCUGCAACUACUGUGGCGCCCGGCAGUCCGACAGGAAGUGACAACGUCUUUGCCAAGGACUUCAAGUUCAUGCUGCUGGAGAAGGAGAACGCUCCGGUCAAGAAGGAGACGGAGAGGAUGGUCUUGAGCAAAGACACGGGCAAGCAGUUCUCCAGCACAGCCCCCACUACUGUCUUCUACUCUGAGGACUCUCUGAAGAAGGAGAAGAAGAAGAUGGUGUCCAGUGUUGUCGACACCACCGUGGAUGUCUGCGCCGGGACAUUGAGGGCGUCCACCAAGGACAAGGCUACCUACGCAGAGAUCCGUAAGGAUGAGUCCGGGAUGGGUCCAAGUUUCUGUUCCUGCUGCAGCUGGUGGAAGUGGCUGUUGGGUCUUCUCCUGGGCCUCCUCUUCCUCCUGGGGCUGCUGUUCGGGCUCAUCGCCCUGGCUGAUGAGGUCAAGCGUCUCAAGGCUCGCGUGGACGCCCUCGAGGGCUCCUCCGGCAGUACCAGCCGCUUCUCUUCCUCCUCUGCCUUCAACAUCAUCGACCCGCUGGAGUCGUCCUUCAUGGACAAGACCUCGGCCGGGUCCACCCUGACCCGGGCGGAUAACAGCAUCAAUCUGGGAGCGGCAGCACCGCGCGGAGGAGCUGGGACUGGGGGAGCCGGGGAGGGUUAUGACAGGGCUGACCUGCAGAGGGCAGUGCAACAGAUGGUCAGGGCUGAGCUCCGCUCGGACGGCGUGCGAGAAACACUGGCAUUCUCCAUACAGGGAGAGCCAGGACCUAAAGGCGACCAAGGGCCUCCAGGGGUCAAGGGUGAUAAUGGUUUCCCUGGCCUACCAGGCUCUCCAGGUCAGAUAGGUCACACAGGAUUGGAGGGGCCCCGAGGACCCAAAGGAAGUGCAGGUGAGCCUGGUACGGAGGGCCCGGCCGGCCAGAGGGGCCGCGAGGGGGCCAUGGGCCCCCGUGGAGAGACAGGACCCUCAGGAUUAGGAGAGAAGGGGGACAAAGGCUCUCCUGGGGAACCAGGAAGUCCUGGACCUUCUGGCAACUCUGGACCUGUGGGACCCAAAGGUUCCAUGGGGGCCCAGGGUGCCACUGGAAUACCAGGCACUCCCGGUCCUCAGGGCUUCAGAGGAGAGACGGGGGCUCCUGGACCUAAAGGUGAGAGAGGACCAGUCGGACCCGCUGGGAACAAAGGAGAACAGGGAGAGACAGGACCGCGCGGAGCUGCAGGUGACCCAGGCCAGAGAGGAAACCCAGGGCCUGCUGGAGAGAAGGGUCCCAAGGGGUCGACAGGUUCUCCAGGUGCUGAUGGGGAGAAGGGCUCUCGAGGUGAGCAUGGGCUGAUUGGGUUGCCAGGUGCCCGAGGCCCCCCGGGACCCCCUGGAGAUCCUGGUCUCCCAGGAGUACCUGGUCUUCAAGGGCCACCAGGUGUACCAGGGAACCCGGGUGUCUCUGGAGCUAAAGGUGAAGCCGGUGAACCUGGUCGAGUCAUUAAUGCAGAUGGUGCCAGUUCGGUUGGCAUCCCUGGCCCCGCCGGUAGCCCUGGCCCCCCCGGCCAAACUGGCCCCCCCGGACUGUCUGGUCCAAUAGGACCAGCUGGACUUCCGGGUCAAUCCGGUCCUAAGGGUGACAAGGGGGAGGAUGGAGCUAAGGGAGAGAAGGGAGCUGAAGGAAAACAGGGCGAGCCAGGUGUCUCUGUCAAGACGGUGGAGCCCGUCAGUGUCAGUCAAGCUGAGAAAGUUCCAGUCGUGGCCGGCCCCCCAGGUCCCCCUGGGCCCCCUGGGCCCCCAGGAGAGCCAGGUGUUGAAGGUCCGUCAGGUGAUCCUAAAGAAGGACCCCCAGGGCCCCCAGGACCAAAGGGUCCACCCGGGGCUCCAGGUGUUGGCACACCUGGGCCCCCUGGGGAGAAGGGAGAGCCAGGCAGCUUUGUACCCACCUCAGAAACCUUCUUCUCCGGACCACCGGGACCAGCUGGUAAACCUGGUCCUCAAGGAUCUCCUGGUGAACCAGGACCACUAGGGUACCAAGGUGAACCAGGCCAGCCAGGUCUCCCAGGAGUCCCCGGUGAUCCAGGCGUCGGAUAUCCAGGCCAGCCUGGCCCCCAAGGACCUCCUGGAGCUCAGGGCCCGAAUGGGGAAAGUGGACCCCAGGGUCCCCCAGGGGAGGUGGGGUCGGAGGGGCCACAGGGUAUUAGAGGUGAAGCAGGAGUUCCGGGCGCACCAGGAAUCCCUGGCUACUCUGUUGGUUCCUCCAGAAGUGUUGCCGGAUCUCCAGGUCUCCCUGGAGCCCCUGGCCCCCCCGGGGCCCCUGGCAGAGACGGGUCUGGACCCCCUGACAUGGGCCAGUACAUUGCAGACUACCUCCAGAGUGACAAUGUCAGGCAGUUCAUGAGCGGUCCUCAAGGUCCUCCUGGCCCUCCGGGGCCACCGGGUCACCAGUCAGUAGAUGACUUGGCCAACCGUGUCAUCUCCUACAUCCAGCGUUCUGGAAUAGGCAGUGGCACCCCUGGAUCCCCUGGAUCCCCUGGAUCCCCUGGGCCCCCCGGAGCCCCUGGAACCAGCUCUGUGAACGACAUCAUCAGCUUGAUGCAGAGAGAGGAAGUGCGGAGGUUCCUCAUUGGCCCUCCAGGCCCACCUGGUGCCCCCGGUCACCCCGGUAACCCCAGCGCAGGUUACUAUGACUACAACCCUCGGGAUGUGGCAGGCAGAGUGCUCACUCUGCUGAACGAGCAGGGGAUGGGGCUACCUGGACCACCGGGGCCCCCGGGCCCGCCAGGACUACCUGGAACUUUCUACGGCGACCUGGCCGCUCUGCGGCAAAAUUCUGAGUACCAAGGUUUAGCCGGUGUUCAAGGGCAGCCGGGGACCCCCGGGAUCCCGGGUCCCCAAGGCCCCCCUGGGCCUCCUGGACAAGGCACCUCCAGUGGCUUUGGCUACAGGCUGGAAGACAUACGAGACUACCUACAAAAUGUUGGUUUCCAGGGUCCCCCAGGCCCCCCGGGGCCCCCGGGUCCAGAGGGCUCCAGAGCUCUGGUGUCGUACGCAGAGAACACACAUCGAGACGCACUCCACCCACAGCUGCAGGAAUACGUCAAGAGCGAUGGUGGUCUGAGGGGGGGGAUGUUUGGCCUCCCAGGCCCCCCAGGUCCUCCUGGACCUCCGGGGCACAAAGGUGAGCAGGGGGACCCAGGCAACAGGCACCUCCUCGGCCACAGGACCGGCGAGGGACGGAGGCCGGCAGACGUGGAAGACUUCUCCGACAUGGCGGUCAAACUGACCGAUUACAUCAAGACCCAUGACUUGCUGAAAGACACUGUGCCGGAACGUUCUGAGCAUGUUGUCCAGGGGCCCCCCGGCCCCCCUGGCCCACCGGGACCCCCCGGGUUUAGCCAUGGGCUCGGUUCCCAUGGAAAUGUCACUGAACUGGUUGAAUACAUCAAAGCUAAUGGAGCCAUUAUGGGACCCCCUGGGAUACCAGGCCAGAAGGGAGAGAUUGGAUUUCCCGGACACAAAGGUGAACCAGGACAGCAAGGCAUCAUGGGAAGGUCUGGCCUCGCAGGGCCUGAGGGGCGGAGAGGGGAGAAGGGCGAGAGAGGUGUAUACACACCGGCGACCCACAGAAGACGCAGGACCGUAGGUGUCUGAAAAGGAGAAGGGUUAUCAGCAGGAUACACCUUGGGAAGCGACCUUUGAUCGAUCAAAGCCAUUUGAGAAAUGUAAAGAUUAUUCACAAACCUAUGAAUGCAAUGCGUGUGUGUCAGUGUGAAUAUACUGGCUGCAGGACCGAUGUGAACUCUAGUUUUCGACGGUUGAACGGGGUUGUCCUCAGCUGACGUAUACAGUAUUGAUGAAGUCAGGGAUUUUGUAUAUUGUGAAUUAUGUUUUUCUUUAUGGGUGAAACUGUGUUUAAGGUCCUGGGGGUUUUCAACUUCCCCUCUAUGCAUGCUGAUGGGGAAACAGAAUUGGUAAAACGUUGAACUUGAAAGGGAUUGUUUAGUUUUUUCUUCUUAUGCUUUGUACUAUUUUUUUUACACAAUAGAAGCCAUGGUGAUGAUGUCGUCUGAAUGUAUUUUAGUGGUACAACUAUGUAAAAUAAAGUGAUAUUCUUUCUA